ACUGCGCGGGGCCAGCGAGUCAACAUGGCUGCGUCCGAAGGACCCUUUUUUUGGUUGGGGAAUGAAACUUUGAAAAUACCAGCUGGGCUUUUUGCCCUGAAUAGAACCCGUUUGUGUGAUCGUCUUCGAGCAAACAGCAAUGUGCCGCGGAAGUCCAUCGUUCUUCUGCAGGGUGGAGAGCAGACCAACAGAUACUGCACCGAUACCGGCGUUAUCUUCCGCCAGGAAUCAUACUUCCAUUGGACCUUCGGAGUGACCGAGGCAGACUGCUACGGAGCGAUUGAUGUGGAUAGUGGAGACCCCAUUCUCUUCAUCCCGAGGCUUCCAGAAAGCUAUGCUGUUUGGAUGGGGAAGAUCCAUCCCCCUGAAUUCUUCAAGAAGAAGUACGCAGUCGCCGAGGUGCGUUACACGGAUGAGAUUGCCACUGUCUUGGCUUCAAAGAAUCCUUCUGUUCUUCUGACUCUGCGAGGAGUGAACACUGACAGUGGGAGUGUGACUCGGGAAGCUUCCUUCGAAGGAAUCAGCCAAUUUACUGUAAAUAACACAAUCCUCCACCCAGAGAUUGCUGAAUGCCGCGUGAUUAAGACAGACAUGGAGUUGGAAGUCCUCCGCUACACCAAUAAAAUUUCCAGUGAAGCUCAUAAAGAGGUGAUGAAAGCUGUAAAAGUGGGCAAGAAGGAAUACGAACUGGAGAGCCUUUUCCAACACUAUUGCUACACUCGUGGAGGUAUGCGACACACUUCCUACACGUGCAUCUGUGGCAGUGGAAAUAAUAGCUCUGUUUUGCACUACGGCCAUGCUGGAGCACCAAAUGAGAAAACGAUUGAAGAUGGAGAUAUGUGCUUAUUUGACAUGGGAGGCGAAUACCAUUGUUACGGCUCAGAUAUCACCUGUUCCUUUCCGGCCAAUGGAAAGUUCACUCCAGACCAAAGGGCCAUCUACGAAGCUGUGCUGAGUUCAUCCCGGGCUGUGCUGCAAGCGGUCAAGCCAGGGGUUGCCUGGCCCGACAUGCAUCGUCUGGCAGACCGAGUCCACCUGGAAGAGCUCACUAAAAUUGGCAUCCUCCAGGGCAACGUGGAUGACAUGGUGAAGGUUCACCUGGGGGCGGUCUUCAUGCCGCACGGGCUGGGCCACUUCCUCGGCAUAGACGUUCAUGAUGUUGGAGGCUACCCAGAGGGUGUGGAACGCAUUGACCUGCCAGGCCUCCGGAGUCUGCGAACCGCCCGUGUCCUCGAGCAGGGUAUGGUGCUGACGGUGGAGCCCGGCAUCUACUUCAUUGACCAUCUCUUGGAUCAGGCCCUUGCCAGUCCUGCUCAGGCUCGCUUCCUCAACAACAGCAUCCUUCCUCGCUUCCGAGGCUUCGGCGGGGUACGAAUUGAGGACGACAUCGUUGUGACAGCCAGCGGGGUGGAGCUGCUGACCUGCGUCCCCCGCACCGUGGAAGACAUUGAAGCGUUCAUGGCCGAAGCUCAUGGAAGCACCAAAUCAUUUGCUUCCGUCUCCAGCCAGAAGUGACGGUGGGGCUUCCUCCGGAUUUGCAUGGCUGCAUCUCUGCAGCACAUCCAGUUCUGCAGGUGCCGUACUGUGGGCUAAAGCGCCCGGAGUAUUAAGACAGGAGCUUCUGGAGAUCUCAGGCUCUCAGUAACAACCACCAAGUGCCAUGUAAGAAAUCUUGAAGUGCCAAGGACCUUAGCCUAACCAAAUGCUUUUUGAAUUAUGCAUGUAGCCAUUGUAUGGGCUGAGGUCUCCAAUUUUUAGCAAAAAUAUUCAUCUCUCCUUCUUUACUUUGAGACAGAUAAUUAUGCUGACCAAAUUAAUAAAAGCAUUGC